UGACCGGUAGGUGGGUGUGUUCUUGUUCCUUUCCCUGCAUUCAGUGCGACGUUUCAGUAGCAUAAUUAAGAUGGCGACUGUACACCUUCGGAUCGGGGAUCUGGUUUGGGGGAAACUGGGACGGUAUCCGCCGUGGCCAGGAAAGGUUGUCAGUCCUCCAAAGGACUUGAAGAAGCCAAGAGGCAAAAAAUGCUUCUUUGUAAAAUUCUUCGGCACUGAAGACCAUGCAUGGAUAAAGGUCGAACAGCUGAAGCCAUACCACCCCCACAAGGAAGAGAUGAUCAAGAUAAACAAAGGCAAGCGCUUCCAGCAGGCCGUCGAUGCCGUGGAGGAGUACCUGAAGAAGGCCAAGGGAAAAGAACAAGCACACGGCUCAGACGACAAAAGCAAAUCCGAGAAGGGGCGUAAGGCCAAUGCGAAACCGAUGAAGAUCAUAGAGGAAGAUGACGAGGAUGCAUUUAAAGGUGGCUCCUCUGACAAGGAGCAAACUGACUCUGACCCAGAACCGUCCUCUGUGCAGCGGCUGGUGGCUGGAACAGUUGCAGGAUUCAAAUGGGAGAGCAGUCCAGUAAAGGAUGACCCACAUUUCCAUCACUUUCUGCUCAGCCAGUCUGAGAAGCCGGCCUCUUCCAUGGAGCCAAUCAGCAAACGGUUGAAGAUUAUUGAAGAGGACUCCGGCUCAACGUCUAUUCAGGCUGCAGACAGCACGGCGCUCAACGGCAGCAUCACACCGACGGAUAAAAGGAUAGGUUUCCUGGGACUCGGACUGAUGGGCAGCGGAAUCGUCUCUAACCUGCUGAAGAUGGGCCACGUGGUGACCGUGUGGAAUCGUACGGCGGAAAAGUGUGACUUGUUCAUCCAGGAAGGAGCCAGGUUAGGACGGACCCCAGCCGAGGUCGUGUCCAUGUGUGACAUCACCUUCUCCUGCGUGUCAGACCCCAAAGCUGCCAGAGAUCUGGUUUUGGGUCCCAGUGGAGUUUUACAGGGAAUCAGACCCGGAAAGUGUUAUGUGGAGAUGUCCACUGUGGAUCCUGAGACCAUUACAGAGCUGUCACAGGUCAUCACGUCCAGAGGAGGUCGCUUCCUGGAAGCUCCGGUUUCAGGCAGUCAGCAACUUUCUAAUGACGGCAUGUUGGUCAUCGUGGCAGCAGGAGAUCGGACUGUUUAUGAAGACUGCAGCAGCUGCUUCCAGGCUAUGGGCAAAACCUCCUUCUUCUUAGGUGAAGCAGGCAACGCAGCGAGGAUGAUGCUGAUCCUCAACAUGGUCCAGGGCAGUUUUAUGGCCACCAUUGCAGAGGGGUUGACCCUCGCUCAGGCCACUGGCCAAUCACAGCAGACCUUCCUGGACAUCCUGUGUCAGGGGCAGAUGGCCAGCACAUUUGUGGACCAGAAAUGCCAAAAUAUUUUGCAGGGCAACUUCAAACCAGAUUAUUACCUAAAACACAUUCAGAAAGAUUUAAGAUUAGCGAUUUCCAUGGGAGACUCUGUUAAUCACCCUACACCCAUGGCAGCUGCUGCAAACGAGGUGUAUAAGCGAGCGAAGGCUCUGGACCAGUCUGACAACGACAUGUCUGCAGUCUACAGAGCUUAUAUUCACUAAUCCCUGAAGAUGUGCUCGAAAUUCUGGACCACAAUCUCCCUCUUUCUCCUUUUUCUUCCUUUCACUUUGUGUGUGUUUCUCUUCACAGCCUUCUCUCAUCCUCUGAGUGCUGCACUGACCGAGUUGUGCUUCGCCUCUGCAGGGGGGUUUUAUAAUGCAGGACGGUGCUCAGAGGCGCGUGUGUGUGUGUGUGUGUGUUAUCCGAUUUAGUCCACUGUUCAGGACGCACCGAUCACCUUCAACAUCAAUCCAGACAUCGCGGUAACGAUCCAGACGUCCUUUGUUGGCUCACGGCAUCAUCGGAAUAAAACACAUCCUCAGAACUUUUAUUUAAGAUCGAAAUAGCGUCGAUUUUUGUUUGCGUAAAAAUUCUCAGCGAAUAGAAAUAUCCGUUUGCACGGACGCAGUAAACGCGGCAGCGAAUCUUUACCUUUAAAGGAUUUCGACUGUUUUACACACAGUCCGGUCUGCAUCCUGCACAGCUUCAGCAUCGGCGUCUCGCUCGUUUAAAGGUAAAGUAACGCUGCCGUGUUCACACGUGACGCCGUAAGCAACCGUUUUGGUUCAUCGUCGCUCUCUGAACGCAACAAAACUUCGAGGUUGACGGACGGCGUGUAUCGAGAGAUCGGAUCGGUGCGUCAUUGUUUUAUCCCCCCCCCCCUACCCUCCCCUCCCCUCCCCUCCCCUCGUGAUGUCGCUUUUUUUUUUUUUUCUUUUUUCUUUCCUUGCCACGAUAUCCUGCUUUCUUUCCCUCCGUCUGUCCCUUUAAUCGUCCUCGUCCAGAAUCGUGCAGGCUACAGGAGCAUGAAGACGACGCCACUGCAUUGCCUUAAUAUCCUAAACCCCACAUAGAUGUAUUUAUUUAUUUCAAAUCUGAGAAUCUCCAGACUUCAAGUUUUGGCCUGAGCUCGAGCUCCAAUCACAAAGAGAAAGAAAGAAAGUGAUUUUUUUUAUUAUUAUUAUUAUUUUAAUUUUGAGGCUUGUAUUAAUCUCACGUCUCAUCCGAGUUUUUACUUUAACAGCCGAUUUUGGAAGUUUUUUCUUUUGUGUUUUUACUUUUUGCAGGCGUUUAAGCUAUAAACCGAUAGAAUGAUGUAGAGAUGAAGAAAUCGUCGUUUAGUUCGUUUUUCAGUUUUUAGUGAAGGUCUUUGGGUCGGAUCUCCGCUGAAGGGGUUUUAUUUCGGCUUUAUUUUUUGUUCGUUUUUUUUUUUUUUUAGGUGAGGUCACUAUUUCUUUCUCGUCUGAGACACACUGGUCAUGUCCGAUUUGAAUUUGACGAUCUGCUUUAAAGAGGUUUCAUCGGCGUGGAGAUGAAGCUCGGAAACGUUCCGUAAUCUUUUAUCCAUAAAUUAUGAAUUCUGUUGUGUGAUUUUUCUUUUUCUUGUCAGUGGUUUUAAAGCCUGAGUGUAGAGAGAGAGAGAGACUGACCUUGCUGAGGUACAGUAUUGUUUUAAAACAUCCACAAAAGGGAUGGACUUUAUUAUUAAAUGGUGUAAUGAGACUUUCACUCGCUGUUCAGGUUCCUGCUUUGAGUUCACACGCCGCUGAAGUGUUUUAAUCCGCAUCUUCGUCUUUAACAGCUGUUUUGUUUGUGUUUUGUUCAUAGAUUCAUUUCCCGUAAACACUUUGUUGAUUUGUGACGUCGACGGUCUUUCUAACGGCGGUGUUUAAAAAAUGUAAAGAAAAAAAAAAUAAUCGAAAGCUGAUAACUUUUUUUUUUCCUGCAAUGAAGAUGACGGCAAAUUGGAGAAAUGUUUAUAAUUUCUUGUAAAUGUGAAAGUCACGUUUUAUUGUGCAGUUCCACUGAAUCUUUCUCCCAAUAAACAAACCAUCCGACAGUUUAA